UGUUUGACUUCUGCCUCCUACGCUGGCCUUAUUUUGCCCACAGUAAAAAUGGCCGCCGAGCCCCGCCUCUCUCCCAGUUGUGUUGACAGAUCAGAAAUGAAGUUCCACUUUUGCCCUUGUGACUGACAGUUCCGUACGCAGAUCCGAGAUCAAGUCACAUCGGGACUUUGGACUUGGCAUUUCCCAGCCGGGCAGAUAAUGUUGGCUUUCAUAGCAAAGAGCAUGGCUAAGCCGGUGCGUUUGGUGAAGCCCGUGUCACUGGCGAAGUUACCGGGGAGGUACCUGGCACACCAGGAGGGCCUGCCCUGCCUGCCAGUGCCCCCGCUGCAGCAGACCUUGGACAAAUAUUUGCUUGCGCUGAAGCCACUUGUCAGCCUGGAGGAAUGGAGUCUCACCAGGGUGCUAGUGGAGGACUUUCGAACGUCUGGAGUGGGCGAGCGCCUGCAGAAAGGACUGGAGAGGAGAGCCAGGAAAACAGAAAACUGGCUGUCCGAAUGGUGGCUACAGACAGCCUAUCUGGAAUACCGUAUGCCAGUGGUGGUCCAUUCCAACCCUGGGGUAGUAUUACCCAAACAAGACUUUGAGGAUCGUCAAGGCCAACUAAGGUUUGCUGCCAAGCUGAUUGAAGGUGUCUUGGACUUCAAGACUAUGGUAGACAAUGAGACCCUCCCUGUAGAAUAUCUAGGAGGCAAACCGCUCUGUAUGAAUCAGUAUUACCAGAUGCUAUCAUCUUGCCGCAUUCCGGGUCCUAAGCGAGACACUGUUGCCAAUUACAGUCAAGCCAGCAAGCCACCUACCCAUAUUACUGUGGUGCACAACUUCCAGAUUUUCACCCAGCUGGAGAAGAUUUGGGGAACGUCCCUGCAAACAAACAAGGAACCAAUCGGGAUCCUGACGACCAAUCACAGGAACAGCUGGGCAAAAGCCUACAAUAAUCUCAUCAAAGAUAAAACCAAUAAGGAGUCAGUACGCACAAUCCAGAAGAGCAUCUUCACUGUUUGCCUGGAUGCCCCUAUACCAAGGGUCUCUGACGAUCUGUACCAGAGCCAGGUGGCUGCCCAGAUGCUGCAUGGGGGUGGGAGCCGUUGGAACAGUGGCAACAGGUGGUUCGAUAAAACCCUUCAGUUUAUAGUGGCUGAAGAUGGGUCAUGUGGACUGGUGUAUGAACAUGCUCCUGCCGAGGGGCCGCCAAUCGUUGCCUUGAUCGAUCAUGUUGUGGAGUACACAAAAAGACCUGAGCUGAUUCGCUCCCCAAUGAUGCCGCUGCCAAUGCCCAAGAAACUGCGCUUUAACAUCACUCCGGAGAUCAAGAACGACAUAGAGAAAGCCAAGCAGAACCUCAACAUAAUGGUUCAUGAUCUGGACGUUAAAGUCUUCGUAUUUAGUGUAUUUGGCAAAAAUUUCCCCAAGUCGGAGAAGCUAAGCCCGGACGCCUUUAUACAAUUGGCCCUUCAGCUUUCCUACUACCGGAUGUACAAGCAGGUAUGUGCCACCUAUGAGAGCGCCUCCCUCAGGAUGUUCCGUCUGGGAAGAACUGACACCAUCCGCUCAGCCUCGAUUGAUUCUGAGAACUUUGUGCAGGCGAUGGACGAUCCCAGCAAACAGAACCAGGAGAAAGUGGAUCUACUUCGAAAGGCUGUACAAGCUCAUCGUGCUUACACUGACAUGGCUAUAAAUGGCAACGCUAUAGACAGGCACCUCUUGGGACUGAAACUACAAGCCAUUGAGGAUCUCGUCAGCAUGCCAGAACUCUUUAUGGACACAUCAUAUGCAGUGGCGAUGCACUUUAACCUCUCGACCAGCCAGGUACCGGCUAAAACAGACUGCGUCAUGUGCUUUGGCCCCGUGGUUCCCGACGGUUACGGCGUCUGCUACAACCCCAUGGAAGAUCACAUAAACUUUGCCGUCUCAGCGUUCAACAGCUGUGCCGAGACAAAUGCCGCCAGGCUUGCCCAUUACCUGGAACGGGCGCUCUGCGACAUGCAGCAGUUAGUGCAGCGCACCCCCAAAUCCAAACUGUAACGCCGUGGCUGGCAGAGCGUCACUAUUGUCCAUGCCAUUGGGAGGAAAGCAGCAGUUUGCUAAGGGGGAAGCUACUCUAUGGAGGGAAUCAUUUGCCAACAAAUUACAGCGUUGAAAUGAAGCAAGGAAGCGAUGUGCGUUUUUUCUAUGAAUUCAAGGCAACUGAGGCAGAAACAUGGCCGCUUUCCUAUUUACGUUUGAAUGGAAAAUUCACUAUCACGCUGUAGAUUUGUGUUUCCUGUAAUCAAAGCUUUCCAACAUGCAACAUUUUAAAGGGAAUAUAAACCCCUUUGUGCAGGUUGAAGCACCUUCCAUUCAUUUAUUAUGCCCUAGGGCCGUGAUUUGUCCAACAGACUCAGAUUGUUUUUCACAACCAUUUGCACUUUGUGUGGUUUGCCCUAUAGGAAACAAUACAAAUGAUUCCUUUGUGCACUGCAA